CUUUGCGAGAUGCCCAUCCAUCGCAAACGCAGCGCGAAGGCUUUGCCGUUACCAUAUGGGAGGAACUCGGGGGUAUGCAAUCACUGGAAAAAUUGGGCAUUACCAAGUGCGUUUUGCCUUCAGAAAGCGGAUCGGGCAGAAUUUCUGGGAAUUUUACCGAAAGCAGCCAAAACAGCAAUUACCAUGUCGGAAAAGGGUAAAAAAGAGCAUUUUUGCAGCUCCGCCCGGUCUGAAUCUGAAAAAAGAGAAUGGCGCUUUUGGCUAGGGCCGAUGGUGUGAUGCGUUUUAUAGCGGAAAAUGCGUCA